AUGGAUCUGCGUAAAGCUUUUGACAUGGUAAAUCAUGGUCGUCUUCUGGAAAAACUACCAGUCUAUGGUAUUAAAGAUACAGAAAGGAAACGGCUUAUAAGUUACCUGUUUGCACGAGCCCAAGUUGCAAGUUUCAAAGGAACGCUCUCAGAUAGAAAAACCUUUACUCACGGAGUCCCGCAGGACUCCACUCUAGGACCACUGCUGUUUGCUUUACCUAUAACCGACGUUCAUAUUGAAGUAACUGAAUGUAAAAUUCUACUCUAUGCCGAUGAUACAGUGGUAUAUUUUAGCUAUAGGAACAUUUCCCAAUUGGAAACUAUCCUAAAUGAAGAAGUCAAUAAGAUAGCAAAAUGGAUGUCGGAAAAUUAUCUAACACUAAAUUUAAUGAAAGGAAAAAACUGUAUUUCUCCUGUUUGGGACCGCCAAAAGACUGGCUAAGAAUCUUCCUCUCCUAUCAACGUCAAGAUCAACGGUGAACAUUUUAAUCAAACAACGCAAUACAAGUAUUUGAGUGUCCUACUUGACCACCAUCUUACUCUCCACGAACAAGUUCGUACUGUGUAUCACAAAACCUCUACAAGAUUAAAGUUACUCAAACGAGUAAGGCACAGUUUAACCACCUAUGCAGCUGAGCGAGUCUAUUUAAAUAUGAUCCAAGCAAUUAUUACAUGUUGUCCGGCAGUGUAUAUUGGUUUGCCAACACAUUUGAAAGAAAAACUUCAAUCAGUCCAGGAUAGGUGGGGGAUUGUGCUUUCGAAACAGACUGAUGUUGAGUGGAAAUCAAUCUCGGAAAUAGUCAACCAAAAAACUCUUUUGGAUGUUCAUAAAGCGAUUCAAAGAACCUCUCCUCCCGUGUUCCAUGACUUCUUCACAUUUGUCAAUCAUGGGAAAAACACUCAAGGAGAUGGUUGCUCCCUCAUUGUCCCAUGAAUUAAAACUGAUGCAGGCAGAAAGACCUUUAAGUUCCAAGGAUGCAAACUAUUUAAUGAGCUACCUAAAGAAAAGAAAACUGAAAAAUCAAUCGUUAGAUUUAAAGGAAAAUUAAAAUCUUUAUAAACUGGACGUUUUUUAAGUAAACUCUUCUUAGUCAGUAGUUUUUUAUCUAUUUUAGCCUAGAUCUCUUUUAACUUUAUAAAAAAUAUUAUAAUUGAAUAAUGUAGAUAGAUAUAGGUCCUUGUAGGAUAACAGCUUUUAUUGUAUUAGCUGAACAAGUUAACCUGUAUGAAGAUGAUUAAUAAUAAUAAUAAUAAUAAUAAAAAUAAAAACCUCAUCCAAUAAUUGUUAAUUAUCACGUUUGAAAUUGAGAAAUUGGAAUCGGAAAAUCGAUAACAUUUUGGGAAUAAUCCAAUUUGGCGACUGCAUUGAAUUUGUCAGGUUUUGGGAAAUUUUGAUCCGUAUUCUAAUACAACUACAUUAUCUUUGCGAUGGAAGGAAUGGUUACGGUGGCACGAACGGUUUCUGGUUGCUAUGGAUAUAAAAGAUCAUAGUUGGAAACGUACUCUAUUGUUGUCGUACUCUAUUUUCCAACGUUGCCUAAGGUAGGGGAAGGCAAAUAUUGCAAGAAAGCGGUUGAAAAGAUGAAAGAGUAAUUUUACCUAAGAAAACCCUAACCUUGAAACCCCUAAGUUUCGCCAGUUAAAACAAAUAACUGAGGAAACAAUUUAUCGAUAUUGUACCAGGCUUAGACAACAAGUCAUCAUCUGUGAAUUCUCUAACAGUGAAAAUGAGCUUAAAAUACAGCUUGUUGAAAGUUCAUGUUUAUCAUUGCGAGUGAGAAGAAAAGCCAUUCAGGAUGAUUUAUCAUUAGCAAACAUAUUAGCACAUGCAAGAUGUUCUGAAAUAACAGAUAAGGCUGUCAAAACAUUAGAAGACGAUUGUGGUUAUUUAGCUCCCUCCUCGAGUGCGGUCAAUGCUAUACAUAACCAACAAGAAAAGUCGAGUCAGUAUCAUAAACGAGCGAACAGACAGCCACAUCAAUCAGCAACCCAGUAUCCUCGAUAUUCUUACCCACUCAAGAAUGCGGGCCGAGAAAAUUUACAUGAGCUGCAACAGAAUGGUAAGCAACUAUGUUAUAAUUGUGGGGGAAAUUAUAAUGCAGGUCACCUUAGCGUGUGUAGAGCAAAGGGAAAAUCUUGUUUUGCAUGUGGAAAACAAAAUUAUUUCGCGACUAUGUGCCGCAGUCGUCAAAGGAACAAUAUUUCAGUAAAAGGGGAGAACAUUCAAGCCAUUAAUUGUACUGAAAAGCAAUCAAAUUUCUCUGAUGAAGAUUCGUAUGUUUUUGUUGUUACCCCACCAGUAGAAAAUGAGGUUUCCCCAAAUCCACGAGCAGUGAAAACCAUUCCAGUUAUUAUUGAAAGGGCUCGUGUUAAGAUGAUUGUUGACACUGGGAAAACAACAAACAUUUUAGAUUCCAAAGCAUUUAAUGAAAUCAAAAAGAAAAACCCCAGUUUAAAUUUGCAACCAUCAACACACAAAAUGUAUGCUUACAUGCAAUAUCAACCUUUGCCAGUCUUUGGAAAUUUGAAGGACUUAGUCAAAACAAAGUGUGGCUGUUACAACAUUCCAUGUUGUAAACAGGGAUGGUGGGUCAUUACUAGGUUAUUCCACAGCAACAGAGCUGGAUAUUGUGAAAAUGAAUGUGCAUGCUGUGGUUACCCAGUCUACAAUCCUGGUCAAAAAUCCUUGGGGCACUUAGCUUAA